UUUCUAGUUGCUGGCCAUCCUCUUUCGACGGGUCCGUUCUUCGAGUCAAGCUCAUUGCUGGUCACUUUCAUAAUGGUCGAGCCUUUUGUUACGGCGUUGACCCGGCAGAAAGUUCUAUAAUCCAUCUCAACUCGGUCGCUGCAGACACACGAAACGAAGUUGGCUGUCGAUCCGGAUAAUUUUGAGGGCCGGAAGAUAGACGUGAGCUUACUGCAGCAAGGUGUUAUAUCUUUGAUGACACCUGACUUUAGUAUCUCGAUCGAUGGGCCAGUUGUUAAGGACUGGUCGCAGAUUGAUGAGUCAAUGCUCACGGGAGGAACGCUUCCUGUUAUAAAGAAGAGAGGAUCGCGUAUCACUGUAGGGACCAUCAAUAUAUCUGGCACUAUGCUUGUCUGCGCUUCCAGACUACAAAUUACCGCCAUGGUCGAUGAUGCCAAGAUGUCCGACUCCAAGAUGUAGCGGAUUGCAAAUACCGUAGCAUCUCACUUUGUGCACAUUGUAGCGAUAUUGAGCGUCAUCACAUUUCAUUGCUAAGUGGCUGUUGAUGCAGCUGUUCAGUCAGUGGCCAGGCUAUUGCGGUGCUCAUCGUUUCUUGCCCCUGUGCAAUUGGAUUGGCUGUUCCGAUGGUUGUAAGAUCAUAG